GCGCCGCGAGCCCGGGUCAGCUGUCCCGCGCCGCCUGCUGCCUCUCAUCAGCGCGGCGUGACGUCACGUCAGGAGCUGUCCUCCGAGCUGGCGGUGCUGAACAAGAUGGCUGUGAGCCGGAGAGCGGCGAGCUGAGGCGAGAGAGAGAGAGAGAGAGGCUGAGACUGAGAGCGAGGAAUCGAAACAGCGAGAGAGAGAGAGCGAGAGGCGAGAGGCUGCAUAAAUCUCGACGCUGCUCGGACUCGGACUCGGACACUGUUGCAAUAACUGGGCAUCCGUGUAUAUAAAUACAUUACAGGGCUUUAAAACACACGCCCUCUCAAGAAAUCCCUACCAACUGGACUCCCGACCGAAGCGGGGAGCCCCUGGAGCCCCUGGAGCGGACAGCCGGCUGCGAUCAGCGGAGGAACAGGCGAUGUCACUGCUGUGUGUCGGAGUGAAGAAAGCCAAGCUAGAUGGGCCCCAAGAGAAAUUCAACACGUACGUGUCUCUCAAGGUGCAGAAUGUCAAGAGCACCACCAUCGCGGUUCGCGGGAGCCAGCCGUGUUGGGAGCAGGACUUCAUGUUUGAGAUCAACAGGUUAGACCUGGGCCUGACGGUGGAGGUCUGGAACAAGGGCCUGAUCUGGGACACCAUGGUCGGUACCGUGUGGAUCCCCCUGAGCAACAUCAGGCAGUCAAACGAGGAAGGCCCAGGGGAGUGGCUGACCCUUGAUUCCCAGGUCAUCAUGGCAGACAAUGAAAUCUGUGGGACGAAGGAUCCCACAUUCCAUCGUGUGUUGCUGGACACGCGCUUCGAGUUGCCACUGGAUAUCCCAGAAGAGGAAGCACGCUAUUGGGCCAAAAAACUGGAGCAGCUGAACGCCAUGAGAGACCAGGAUUACACCUACCAGGAAGUGCAGGAGAGGCCCCUCCCCGUCCCGGGCACACAGUGCUGUAACUGGAAUCUGUGGGGAGACCAACAGAACGACGACCCCGACAGCGCCGUGGAUGACAGGGACAGCGACUACCGCAGCGAGACCAGCAACAGCAUCCCGCCGCCGUACUACACCACCUCCCAGCCCAACGCCUCGGUCCACCAGUAUCCCAUGAGGCACCAGCACCAGAGCUCCCGCGACUCCUACACCGACUCCAUGCACAGCUGUGAGCUGGACUACUCCGACCACCAGAGGGCGAUGAGACGCUAUGGUAGCUUAGACUCCGCCACCAACGGCCGCAGCGAUCUCGAGUCGGCCUCGGGUUCGAGCCGGCGGACCAGCCGCCAGUACUCUCUAGACAGUAGGCACUCACUCUCUGAUAGCCCCACAGGCAGCAGCCGCUAUGCCUCCUCGGCCGAGCUGAGCCAGGGCAGCUCCCAGCUGAGCGAGGAGUUCGAGCCGGACGACGGGGAGAGCCUGCGGGGCUCGGAGCUGUACGACGACCCCGAGGCAGAGGACUCCUACCACUCCUGCCACAGCUCGGUCAGCUACGGCAAGGACUCCCUGCCCCCGGACUGGGACCCCGAAGAGCCCGCGGGGGCCUACAGCGAUGAGGGUGGCUACUCCAAGGAUGGUGGGGAGGAGGGGGCGCUGUACGACGAGGAAGAGGACGAGAUCUACGAGGGGGAGCUGUACGAAGACGACGAGGACCUGUACCCCCCCGACGCCCCCCGGGAGGAGCCCGAGCCGCCUUUCGCCCCCGCCCCGGCCCUCGAGACCCCCGCCGCCCCCCGCCCGCCCCUGGAGAAACAGGCCUCGCUCCACCAGGCCCAGGCCCAGAUACAGCAUCCCCCUGCCCCGGCCCCCGCCUCGCAGACCCCCGCGGUACCCCAGGCUCCAGUCCCUGCUGAGGCUCCCCCCAUCAAAGAAGAGCCCCCUGCCACCCAGAGUGCCCCCGCUUUCCCCCCAGAGAAGCCAGACAGCUUCGCUGCGGCCGAGGCCCUGGACUCCACGUCAAGAGCCAAGGCCAACUGGCACCGCGUCUUCAACAAGGUCCGCCUGCAGCUGCAGGAGGCCCGAGGAGAGGGAGCUGGCUCUCAGUCGCUGUGGUUUAAAGGCGGGCCAGGCGGUGCUCUAUAUAGCAUAGACAGCAUGCCGGACCUCCGAAAGAGGAAAGCCAUCCCUCUAGUUAGAGACUUGGCAAUGUCCCUGGUCCAGUCUCGUAAGGCAGGCAUCACCUCAGCGCUGGCCUCCAGCACACUGAACAACGAGGAGCUGAAGAACCACGUUUACCGCAAGACGCUACAGGCCCUGAUCUACCCCAUCUCCUGCACCACGCCGCACAACUUCGAGGUGUGGACGGCCACCACGCCCACCUACUGCUACGAGUGCGAGGGGCUGCUGUGGGGCAUCGCGCGGCAGGGCAUGCGCUGCACGGAGUGUGGGGUGAAGUGCCACGAGAAAUGCCAGGACCUGCUCAACGCCGACUGCCUGCAGAGGGCGGCGGAGAAGAGCUCCAAGCACGGAGCCGAGGACCGGACCCAGAACAUCAUCAUGGUCCUGAAGGACCGGAUGAAGAUCCGGGAGCGGAACAAGCCGGAGAUCUUCGAGUUGAUCCAGGAGGUGUUCGGGGUGCCCAAGGCCUCCCACGCGCAGCAGAUGAAGCAGAUCAAGCAGAGCGUGCUGGACGGCACCUCCAAGUGGUCGGCGAAGAUCAGCAUCACCGUGGUCUGUGCCCAGGGUCUACAGGCCAAGGACAAGACGGGCUCCAGCGACCCCUAUGUUACCGUGCAGGUGGGCAAGACCAAGAAGAGGACCAAAACCAUCUACGGGAACCUGAACCCUGUCUGGGAGGAGAACUUCCACUUCGAAUGCCACAACUCUUCGGACCGGAUCAAGGUUCGAGUGUGGGACGAGGACGACGACAUCAAGUCCCGAGUGAAGCAGCGGUUCAAGAGGGAGUCCGACGACUUCCUGGGUCAGACCAUCAUCGAGGUCCGCACGCUGAGCGGAGAGAUGGAUGUCUGGUACAAUCUGGACAAGCGCACAGACAAGUCCGCAGUGUCGGGGGCGAUCCGGCUGCACAUCAGUGUGGAGAUCAAGGGCGAGGAGAAGGUGGCGCCGUAUCACGUACAGUACACUUGUCUGCACGAGAACCUGUUCCACUACGUGACAGACAUUCAGAAUACCGGUGUGGUGAAGAUCCCAGACGCCAAGGGGGAUGAUGCCUGGAAGGUUUACUAUGAGGAGACGGCGCAGGAGAUCGUGGAUGAGUUUGCCAUGCGCUACGGCGUGGAGUCCAUCUACCAGGCGAUGACACACUUUGCCUGCCUGUCCUCGAAGUACAUGUGCCCAGGCGUGCCUGCGGUGAUGAGCACGCUGCUCGCCAACAUCAACGCCUACUACGCCCACACCACCGCCUCCACCAAUGUCUCUGCCUCUGACCGCUUCUCCGCCUCCAAUUUUGGGAAAGAGAGGUUUGUGAAACUCCUGGACCAGCUGCACAAUUCCUUGAGGAUUGACCUCUCGAUGUACAGGAACAACUUCCCCGCCAGCAGUCCAGAGAGGCUGCAGGAUCUGAAGUCCACUGUGGACCUGCUCACCAGCAUCACCUUCUUCAGAAUGAAGGUCCAGGAGUUGCAGAGCCCGCCCCGGGCCAGCCAGGUGGUGAAGGACUGUGUCAAGGCCUGCCUGAACUCCACGUAUGAGUACAUCUUCAACAACUGUCACGAGCUGUACAGCCGGGAGUACCAGAGCGACCCAUCGAAGAAAGGGGAGUUGCCCCCAGAGGAACAGGGGCCCAGCAUCAAAAACCUGGACUUCUGGUCCAAACUCAUCACGCUCAUCGUGUCCAUCAUCGAGGAGGACAAGAACUCCUACACUCCCUGCCUCAACCAGUUCCCCCAGGAGCUCAACGUGGGGAAGAUCAGCGCUGAGGUCAUGUGGAACCUGUUCGCUCAGGACAUGAAAUACGCCAUGGAGGAGCACGACAAGAACCGCCUGUGCAAGAGCGCCGACUACAUGAACCUGCACUUCAAGGUGAAGUGGCUGUACAACGAGUACGUCAAGGACCUGCCCUUCUUCAAGAGCCGCGUGCCCGAGUACCCCACGUGGUUCGAGCCGUUUGUGAUCCAGUGGCUGGAUGAGAACGAGGAAGUCUCGCGGGACUUCCUGCACGGGGCGCUGGAGCGGGACAAGAAGGAUGGGUUCCAGCAGACCUCGGAGCACGCCCUGUUCUCCUGCUCGGUGGUGGAUGUCUUCUCCCAGCUCAACCAGAGCUUCGAGAUCAUUAAGAAGCUGGAGUGUCCGGACCCCCAGAUUGUGGGGCACUACAUGAGGCGAUUCGCCAAGACCAUCAGCAACGUGCUGCUCUCCUAUGCUGACAUCAUCGCCAAGGACUUCGCCAGCUACUGCUCGAAGGAGAAGGUGCCCUGCAUCCUCAUCAACAACAUCCAGCAGCUGCGCGUCCAGCUGGAGAAGAUGUUCGAGGCCAUGGGAGGCAAAGACCUGAACGUGGAGGCCAGCGACAUCCUGAAGGAGCUGCAGGUGAAGCUCAACAACGUGUUGGACGACCUGAGCAGGGUCUUCGCCACCAGUUUCCAGCCCCACAUCGAAGAGUGCGUGAAGCAGAUGGGCGAUAUCCUGAGCCAGGUGAAGGGUACGGGCAACGUGCCGGCCAGCGCCUGCAGCAGUGUGGCCCAGGACGCCGACAACGUGCUGCAGCCCAUCAUGGACUUCCUGGACAGCAACCUGACCCUGUUUGCCAAGAUCUGCGAGAAGACUGUGCUGAAACGUGUGCUGAAGGAGCUGUGGAAGCUGGUGAUGAACACCAUGGAGAAGACCAUCGUACUGCCGCCCCUCACAGACCAGACGGGCAGAGUGAAGCUUGCGUGUCACAGCGAUGGCACACAGCUGAUCUUUAACGCCGCCAAGGAGCUGGGUCAGCUGUCCAAGCUUAAGGACCACAUGGUGCGGGAAGAGCCCAAGUCUCUCUCUCCGAAGCAAUGUGCUGUGGUGGAGCUGGCGCUGGACACCAUCAAGGUAGCUCUGCGCUGUGGAGCAGGAUGUCGCUGUGAAAGUGUGCCAUCGCGUGCUCUGUUCCCUCACUUCUCCUUCUUCUCUCCCUCUUUUUCUUCUCUCCUCCCGGCACUCCCUCAUCCCCCCUCCCUGCUAGUGCACGGAGGCAAGGGGGUGAGGUUCACACUUAGCGAGGAUGUGUACCCCGAAAAGGGCUCAGGCGUGGACGACCCUGUGGGAGAAGUGUCGAUCCACGUGGAGAUCUUCACCCACCCCAACACUGGGGAGCACAAGAUCACAGUGAAGGUUGUUGCAGCCAAUGACCUGCGCUGGCAGACCUCCGGAAUAUUCCGCCCGUUUGUGGAGGUGCACAUCGUCGGGCCGCACCUCAGCGACAGGAAGAGGAAGUUCGCCACCAAGUCCAAGAACAACAGCUGGGCGCCCAAGUAUAACGAGACCUUCAACUUCACCCUGAGCAGCGAGUCGGGCCCGGAGUGCUACGAGCUGCAGGUGUGCGUGAAGGACUACUGCUUCGCCAGGGAGGACCGCACCGUGGGCAUGGCGGUGCUGCAGCUGAAGGACAUGGCGGCGCGAGGCAGCGUGGCCUGCUGGCUGCCCCUGGCGCGCCGCGUGCACAUGGACGAGACGGGCCUGACCGUGCUGCGCAUCCUGUCGCAGCGCAACAACGACGAGGUGGCCAAGGAGUUCGUCAAGCUCAAGUCCGACACGCGCUCCGCGGAGGAGGGGAGCUAG